AGAAUGAGAGGCAGGGGGAAGCUGCAAUGUAGCCAGCUCUGAAGGAGCUUCCCAUGCAGCAGCCCCCUGCAUAGCUCUAGUGGCUGCCUUUCCUUCCGAGUGACUGAUCCAGGCUAGGAGCCCCCUCCCCAGGCCCUCCACACCCCUCCCUCCAUCCGCAGCACCUGCACAUCUUUACACCAUGAGUGGCUUCUCUGACUCCUGUGCUGCCAUGCUGGCUACCUCACUCACUUUACUGUGCUCCUCUCAUUUCUAGAGGCAUGCUCAGCUCACAUGGGAUGUCAGAGUUGGGGGAUCUGAUCCUUACUGGAUGGGGUGUACGCUGAUUUAUUUAAGGUGGCUGAGAAGGAGAAAGCAUCCUGCACAGGGGCAUUAAGAGAGGAUUGGUGUGUUUUCUCUUAAACCUGUGGAGAAGUUAUCCCAGAGCUACUUGGGACCUCCCCUGCUCCCUGGGGACCAUUUCCUCACUCCCUCUUUGCCAGUUGUGUGUUAGUGUGUGUUCACAUUGUGACAAGCUGCCACACACUGAGUGAUGGAUUGCUGGUGGCAUGGGGAAGGUCUCCAUGUGGUUAUUGCAUGCCAGUGAUGUUGGGAUGUCUGAGCCCUCCUGGAAUUUGUGACACACUUACAGGACCUGUCAGCAGGAUGACUAGGGAUGCAUCAUGCCUGGCUGUGGGCUGUGCAAUAAUAAUAAUACUACUAAUAUCCCAGCAGCACACUGCCUGGUGUGUAUAAGUGGAGCACACAGUGACCUGUUUCUUAUGGGAUCUUCCAGGAUGCGGCUGCAGGAUUCCAUUUAGAGCUGGCUGGCUGAUACAUUGUAUAUUCUGUGACCUGUUGGGGCUGAAGUCCCAGCACUUCCUCCCUCCCCAUUAGCCCAGAUGCAGCAUUACUAAAGAGGACACACCGUGAGCCAGGUUACCUGGGGAUUCCAGAAGCUAUGGAGAACUCCUGAUCCUGCAGAGCUUUUUCUUUUUGGAUACAGUUUGGACAAUGGAUAGAAGAACUACCUGGGAUUGUGACAGUGACACCUAGAACCUGCACCCCAUCCUCUAGCUGGGUUUAUUAAGGAGGGGGCACGCUGGGGCUGGCUGUUUUGACUUAUUCACACACAGACUGGCAGCUUGUUCUCUAUUAGCAGAGGGCUUGCAGGUAAUCGGAGCUUCACUGGCUCAGUGAUAGCAGUCUAGGGGGCCCUAGGAGGGGCCCUGUAGGAGCCAUGGCUGCGGCGAUAGCCAGCUCACUGAUUCGGCAGAAGAGGCAAGCGAGAGAGUCCAACAGUGACCGAGUGUGCACCUCCAAGCGCCGGACCAGCCCCAGCAAGGACGGACGCUCGCUGUGUGAGAGGCAUGUGCUGGGGGUGUUCAGUAAAGUCAGGUUCUGCAGUGGAAGAAAGAGGCCGGUCAGGAGAAAACCAGAACCCCAGCUGAAAGGAAUUGUGACAAGGUUAUUCAGCCAGCAGGGAUACUUCCUGCAGAUGCACCCAGAUGGCACUAUUGAUGGGACCAAGGACGAAAACAGUGACUACACUCUUUUCAAUCUAAUUCCUGUGGGUCUACGUGUGGUUGCAAUACAAGGUGUUAAGGCAGGACUCUAUGCGGCAAUGAAUGGUGAAGGUUUUCUCUACAGCUCAGAUAUUUUUACCCCAGAAUGCAAAUUUAAGGAGUCUGUGUUUGAGAAUUACUACGUCAUUUAUUCUUCGACAAUAUAUCGGCAACAGGAAUCUGGCCGUCAGUGGUUCCUGGGACUUAGUAAAGAAGGUCAAAUCAUGAAAGGAAACAGAGUGAAAAAGACCAAACCAUCAUCACAUUUUGUACCAAAACCUAUAGAAGUGUGCAUGUACAGAGAACCAUCACUGCAUGAAAUUGGAGAGAAGCAAGGACGCUCAAGAAAAAGUUCAGGGACACCAACCAUGAAUGGUGGAAAAGUUGUAAACCAAGAAUCAACAUAGCCAAGAACGUGCCCUGUGCUGAGAGUAAACCCUCUGGAAAGCCUGAAGCUAUAUACAUAAACUGACAAUGUUCUGUUGACUACAUUUUUGAACUCAAAUGUUUUCUUCUUUGGAUAGAACAAGGAAAUGGAAAUUAAAUUGCCUGUGCAAUGUUUUAAACCAACCAGAAAAAAAAAAAAAUUGAAGAAAAUCCUUUGAAUCUGGACUCCAUUCAUAUUUUAUGCAAAGUUUGCUGUGUGACCAAGUAAAUUCCCAUCUCUACAUAAAAAAAGAAAAGCAAAAAAACACAAAACACAAUAAAGAUGGUAUCUUUAAAAGAAA